UUGGACGGUUUUAGUCAAGUUAUAGGCCUGUUUACCUUUAAAGAUUCUGCAUUUUGCAAUGAGCAGUGCUUUCCCGUUUGAAUUGGAAAUGCUCUGUGUCAUGGUGUGUGUGGGUGUGGGUGCCCUGCCCCCAACAACUCACCUUUCCACCUCUGGCCUAUUGUCCAGGAGGAGGAGGGGCCUGAGGCCUGAUGGCCUGAUAAAAAGGCCUGGUUAGACACCCAAUGCAUAGCCCAUUUACACAGUUCAGAGAUGGUUGUCGUCAACGCAGAAGUCAGUGAGCGCAUCAGGACCCUGCGGAAAAAAGGCUGUCCGACUAGUUCUAUCGCCAAACAACUAGCCAUGAUUGGAAUAAGACCAUCGUUGCGGACUAUACGGCGUCAUUGCCGACAUGCUGUUGUGGAAAAGAAGAAACCAAAGCCGCGUAAAGUGACAUGUCAGGUGAUGGAAAUAAUAAACUCCAUCAUCAGCACAGACGAUGAACUAUCAUCAAGAAAAGUGAAAGAGCUUCUCCAAAGAAGCCACAACAUAUCAAUCGGUUUUACCUCAAUGAGAAAGGCAGUCCGGAUUCUUGGCUGGACAUUUGGGAAGCCGAGAUUCGUUCCAAUGACCCGGGACAAAAACAAACACUUGCGUCUAAUCCAAGUUCAAGAAUGGAAGGCUGCUGGCGAAAAGUUUGACGAUGUUCUCUUUACCGAUGAGUCAACCUGUGGCACUGGAGCGUUUUGCAUUGCGCUGUUGGAGAAAGUCGAGCUACACGGUCCAUAUUUAAGGGAGCAAUUCCCUAUGUCUACACACAGAUUCUUCCAAGACAACGAUCCGAAACACACAGCUAAAAGUGUCAAGACCUGCAUUCAGAGAGAGGGGAUCAACUGGGUACCAACACCGGCGGAGUCGCCAGAUCUGAACCCUAUCGAGUUAGUGUGGGCUGAAAUGAAACAAUAUAUUCGCUGUGACGCCAAACCCAUGAACAAAGACGCAUUGAUAUCGGCAAUAGAGUUUUUUUGGCGAAACAAACUCACAGCCGAACGUUGCAAUAAUUGCGACCAUUUGGACAAAGUCAUCAACAGAGUCAUAGAACUGAAGGGAGGGGCAACUGGCAUGUGAUCUCCCCACGGGCCAAUGGAUGUACACGUUUUCUCCUGUGUCUACGAUAAUCCAGUGUUUUGUCAAGUUGCAAAUUGCUAUUCGUUUU